AUGAAGGCAACCUUUGCAGCCAUUUGCUUCCUAGCUGCAGCGGUGUACACUUUUGCAGUGCUGUCUGAGGAAGUCUGCAGAGCAUACCAUGCUGGGCCAUUCAACUGCGGUGAUAAUGAGACGAUGAAACAUUUAUACUACUUUAAAAACAGCACUGACAAAUGCGAGCCCUACUUAGGAUGUGGAGGAAAUGCGAAUGACUUUGGGUCCAGACGUUCCUGUAGGGAUUCCUGUCCUUACGGUAAAAACAAGUCAAAGUCUCCAAGGACCAAAAAAACCAAAAAGCCUACUCACCAAUGA